CCUUUUUUCCCGUUUUCCCUCAGAUUUUCUUUCUCUUUUCGGUUCAUUUCCUCAUUUUUUUCCCCCCCUCGCUUUGGGAAGCUCCUCCCUCGCCGUGAAAUAACAAUCGUGGUAACCACACCCUCGGGUCGCUGAUUUACCCAUGUAUUUAAUGUAAAGUAAGAAAAAAAAAAAUCAACAAGGACAAAAAAAAAACAAAAACAAGUAAAAAAAUCCCAAAAAACCGAAAAUUCCCGAUUUUUGUGUGCCCAGGGAGGGGACAGGCGACAACACCGGGGCCACCCGGUGCCAGCAGCCGCUGCCAGAUGGCGGCCCUGCCCUGAUAACGCUUAUCAGAGUUCACAGCUGCCUGGCGGCUCCUGGUUUUUCUCGUUUUUUUCCCGUUUUUCCCCCAAAUUCCCACCGGGAAUUUCGGGGAGCGCUGCCCCUUUAAAUCCGCGUGGCCGCUUUAAGACCCCCGUGGUGCUUGGAGUGGUGUUGCCGCUUUAAGCCGGCCGUGGUGGGGCCCACCCUGAGCGAGGCCACGCCUACGUGGCCCCCGUUAAAGUAAACAGAGGGGCGUGGCCAGGUGGGGUCGCGCCUUCCCCGAGGCCACGCCCAUCGCCCCCCUCUUAAAGCGGCCGCGCCCGCAGGGACAUCGCGGGACCGGAACCGUUACGCAGCGUUACCGGGGCCGUUUCCCGGUGCCCGCCCCAGCCGCGCUCUCCCGUCCCGCCGCCGCCGCCGCGAUGCUGCUGCUCCGGGCCAUGGCCGGCCGCAGGCUCCCGCCGCUGAUGCAGCUGCCCCGCCGCUGCUCCCGGUUGGCCGCCGGUAGCGGAGCCCCGGAGGGACACCGGGAACCGGCACCGGGGGGACAGCGGGAAGCGACACCGGGGGGACACCGGGGAGAGACCCCCGGGAGACACCGGGGAGCGGCCCCGGUGCUGGCGGCGCUGCUCGGGCUCGGGGCCGUCCUGGCCUACGGAGAGCGGCAGCGGAGGACCGCGCAGGCCUCCCGCGCCGCCCCGCCCGCGCCGUUCCCCCGUUACACGCGGGCGGAGGUGGCGCGGCACCGCAGCCCGAAGGAGCGCGUGUGGGUCACCUACGGCACCGAGGUGUUCGACGUUACCGAUUUCGUGGAGCUGCACCCGGGGGGACCGGACAAGAUCCUGCUGGCGGCCGGGGGGGCCCUGGAGCCCUUCUGGGCUCUCUACGCCGUGCACGGCCAGCCGCACGUUCUCGAGCUGCUCCGCGACUACAAAGUGGGCGAGCUGAGCCCCGAGGACGCCGCUCCGCCACCGGGCCACACCGAGGACCCGUUCGCCGGGGACCCCCCGCGCCACCCGGCGCUGCGGGUCAACAGCUCGAAGCCUUUUAACGCCGAGCCGCCGCCGGAGCUGCUGACCCGGAGCUUCCUGACGCCCAACGAGCUGUUCUUCACCCGCAACCACCUCCCGGUGCCCGCCGUGGAGCCGGGCUCCUACCGGCUGCGCGUGGAGGCUCCCGGCGGCCGCGCCUUGUCGCUGUCGCUGGCGGAGCUGCGGCAGCGCUUCCCCAAACACGAGGUGACGGCCACGCUGCAGUGCGCCGGUAACCGGAGGUCCGAGAUGAGCCGCGUGCGGCCGGUCAAGGGGCUGGCGUGGGACAUCGGUGCCAUCGGCACGGCGCGCUGGGGCGGGGCGCGGCUCCGCGACGUGCUGCUGGCCGCCGGUGUCGGCGACGGCACCGGGGACGGCGAGGAGUGGCACGUGUGCUUCGAAGGGCUGGACGCGGACGCUUCGGGGACGCCGUACGGGGCGUCCAUCCCGUUGAAGCGGGCGCUGAGCGCCGAGGCCGAGGUGCUGCUGGCGUACGAGAUGAACGGGCGGGAGCUGCCGCGGGAUCACGGCUUCCCGGUGCGCGUGCUGGUGCCCGGCGUGGUCGGGGCGCGGAGCGUGAAGUGGCUGCGGAGCGUGGCGGUGUCGCCCACCGAGAGCCCGAGCCACUGGCAGCAGAACGACUACAAGGGCUUCUGCCCGUCCGUGGACUGGGAUUCCGUGGAUUUCGGGGCCGCGCCCGCCAUCCAGGAGCUGCCGGUGCAGUCGGCCAUCACCGAGCCCCGCGCCGGCGCCGCCGUGCCCGCCGGGGAGCUGACGGUGAAGGGAUACGCGUGGAGCGGAGGAGGAAGGGAGGUGGUCAGGGUGGACGUGUCUCUGGACGGCGGCCGCACGUGGCGCGAGGCCGAGCUGGGCCCGCGGCCGCGCCGGGGCCGGGGCUGGGCCUGGGCGCUCUGGGAGCUGCGGGCGCCGGCGGCCGCGGGCGCGCGCCUGGACAUCGUCUGCAAGGCCGUGGACCGCAGCUACAACGUGCAGCCCGACAGCGUGGCGCCCAUCUGGAACCUGCGCGGGGUGCUGAGCAACGCCUGGCACCGCGUCAGCGUCACCGUCACCCGCUGAGGGACACCGUCACACGCUGAGGGACACCGUCAGGGCAUCAGGGACAUCUGGAACCCGCGCAACGCCUGGCACCGCGUCCCUGUCACCGUCACCCAGUGAGGGACACCGGGGACAUCAGGGAUCCUGGAGCUCAGUGGGAUCCGUGGAUCCUAAAGGGUUCCAUGACCCCAAAGAGUGCUGCAGACCCCAAAGGGUUCUGUGGACCCCAAAAUGUCCUACAGACCCCAAAGUGUCCU